AUGAUAGGGCCCGAGGCAGGUGAACGAUCUUCUGUGAUCCAUGGCCGGUCGCAAGUUGGCGGCUUCCUUAUGGGCUGCCCCGGGUGGCUGUGCAUCCUGGUUGCCACCUCCACCAACAACUGGGUCAUCAUGUGUAAAUACGGCACGAACGCCUGCAAGAAGUCCGAAGAGAGCAACAUCAAGGGUCCCUGGGCGGAGUGCUCGGUGUCCUCCGCUCACUACGAGUGUCAGCCCCUCACCCUGAUCCUGGAGCUGCCAGCCUACAUCCACACCACCCGGGCUCUGAUGAUCACGGCCUCCACCCUGGCGCUGCUGGCGGUGGUGCUGCUGCUGAUGUCGCUGCCCUGCAUCAGUCUGGGCGAGCCCCCCAAGGCCAAGAGCCGCCGCGCCGUCCGGGGGGGGCUCUGCUUCCUGUUCGUGGGUAAGAGAGGCGAGGGGACAAAGACACAACGCGACACGCACACACAGGACACGCCUGCAGAGUACACAACGCGCACACACAUGGAAGGAAUACGAGGAGCCCCCCCCUGGUCUGCCCCCCGAGGUAGGAGUCGCCAUGCCAACACCCUGGCGCUCCCAAUCAAGGCCAGGCCCUCCCAUUGGCCCCCCACAAAUCUGGGAGGGCCACCGGGGGGCGCCAGACACUAG